CCAAGCUCACCGCCUGCACCUGGAGAGCUGUGUCACCAUGUGGGUCCUGGUUGUCUUCCUCACCCUGUCCGUGACGUGGAUUGGCGCUGCACCCCUCAUCCUGUCUCGGAUUGUGGGAGGCUGGGAGUGUGAGAAGCAUUCCCAACCCUGGCAGGUGCUUGUGGCCUCUCGUGGCAGGGCAGUCUGCGGGGGUGUUCUGGUGCACCCCCAGUGGGUCCUCACAGCUGCCCACUGCAUCAGGAGCAACAGCGUGAUCUUGCUGGGUCGGCACAACCCGUUUUAUCCUGAAGACACGGGCCAGGUGUUUCAGGUCAGCCACAGCUUCCCACACCCGCUCUACAACAUGAGCCUCCUGAAGAAUCGAUACCUCGGGCCAGGUGAUGACUCCAGCCACGACCUCAUGCUGCUCCGCCUGUCAGAGCCUGCCGAGAUCACAGAUGCUGUGCAGGUCGUGGACCUGCCCACCUGGGAGCCAGCGCUGGGGACCACGUGCUACGCCUCAGGCUGGGGCAGCAUCGAACCGGAGGAAAACUUGACUCCAAAGAAACUUCAGUGUGUGGACCUCCAUAUUAUUUCCAAUGAUGUGUGUGCGCAAGUUCACUUUCAGAAGGUGACCAAGUUCAUGCUGUGUGCUGGAAGCUGGAUGGGCGGCAAAAGCACCUGCUCGGGUGAUUCUGGGGGCCCACUGGUCUGUGACGGUGUGCUUCAAGGUAUCACGUCAUGGGGCAGUCAACCAUGUGCCCUACCCCGAAGGCCUUCCCUGUACACCAAGGUGGUGCGUUACCGGAAAGGGGAUCAAGGACACCAUCGCAGCCAACCCCCUGAGUGCCCCCGUCCCACCCCUACCUCUAGUAGAUUUAAGUCCACCUCACGUUCUGGCAUCACUUGGCCUUUCUGAAUGCUGGACACCUGAAGCUUGGAACUCACCUGGCCAAAGCUUGAGCCUCCUGAGUCCUACUGACCUGUGCUCUCUGGUGUGGAUUCCAGGGCUGCUAGGAAAAGGAAUGGGCAGACACAGGUGUAGGCCAGUGUUUCUGAAAUUCGUGUAAUUUCAUCCUCUCCUUCGGAACACUGGCUGUGUCUGGAGACUUCUCACUCAGUUUCAGUGAGGACACACACAAGGACGCGGGUGACCAUGUUGUUUGUGGGGUGCAGAGACGGGAGGAGUGGGGCCCACCCUGGAAGAGCGGACAGUGACACAAGGUGGACACUCUCUACAGAUCACUGAACAUAAGCUGGAGGUACAACGUACGAGGCACGCGCACAGCAAGGAUGACACUGAAAACGUAACCCACUCUGUCCUGGGAGCACUGGGAAGCCUAGAGAAGACCGUGAGCAGAAAGAAGGGGAGGGUCCUCCUGUGUUGUUGAGGGAGGGACUAAGGGGAGAAACUGGAAGCUGAUUAAUUACAGGAGGUGUGUUCAGGUUCUCCAGCCACCGUCAGAUUUCAUGAUUUCCUAGCAGGACUUCCAGAAAUAGAGAGCCAUCAUGCCGUGGUU